AUUUUAAUAUUUCCAUAGUGCAAUUUUAUGCAUAUUUACAUUUCUAAGCCCAUUGAAUUUAUUGUUGCACAUUUGCAUUUUUCAUUAAUUAACACCCUAUUUAGAGCGUUUUCUAAAGGCUUGAGACUAAUUUAUUUGUGCUAUAAAUACAAGAGCAUAUAUUUGUGUACAAUACCUUGAGCCAACUACCAUGGCCAUCUCCAGAACUCUUCUUGCCGCAAUCCUUAUUUCUAUCCUCAUUCUUCAGAUAGUUGAGUCAGCAACAAUCGAUUGUGAUAGUGAAUGCAAGAGGAGGUGUGCAUUAUCAUCAAGGCCGAACCUAUGUGAGAGAGCUUGCGGCACUUGCUGUAACCGCUGCAAUUGUGUGCCGUCGGGCACUUCCGGCCACUACGAGGAGUGCCCUUGUUAUGCCAAUCAAACCACCCAUGGCGGCGUACACAAAUGUCCUUAAAUUAUAAAUAAAUUAAUUGUAUUAUUCAAUAAUAUUAUUUUAUGUAUAAUAAAAUUCGGGCUUAAUCCCUUCCAAAUAAAGUCUUACUUUCAAUAAUUUGGUAGGCAAUGUCCUUAAAUUUCGAUACACAAAUGCCGAUUGUAUUAUCAUGAACUCUUAUCUCUUAUGGUUAAGAAUACUAUCUUCUAAGUGUUCUUACAUGAAUAUGAGAAAUAUGCUAUAGUAUGAUAUUU